AUGGGGAAGUUUAUUAAGUUUAUUACAACUCUGAUCGUUCUUGUAUCGUCACUACAGUACUAUUGUCAAUCCAAUGGUGGGAAUAUAUCAUGCAAACGCACACAAGCGGUUUGUUAUUACAGCAAUCCUAGGGUUUGGAACACACAUCUCUCAGGAAAUUCUGAACUGUACAGAAAUAUGAUCAGUCCUGGAUUCAAUGUGGUGGCACAUAACUAUGACACGGCUGUUAGGCCUGUAAUCGAUGACGUCGCAAUAAAAGUCAAUAAAGUGGCUGUACAGCCUGCCUUUAGAAUCGUCCAUUCACAAUGCAAGAAAUGGAACUGCGGAAAAUAUUUUCAAUUGGUGCGGUUCUCAGUAGCUAAGGUUAGGGGAUUUUUAUUGGCCAAGUACAAUGCUUUUGUGAAACCCAGCAUCAAUAAAGUAUUCAAUGUCGAAUUUCGCUCUCAAUUGGGGGAAAUGAUUUCAAAAUAUAAAAACAUAGCCCAUUAUCAUUAUACUGUCAUUUCAAGAUGCAUAAAAACUAAAUACGACUCUAUUGUUGGUAAUACAGAGGAGAAACUGAUGGGGAAGUUCAAGGAUAUGGACACUCAUGGCAUUCAUCGUUCCGUCACACACGAGCCCUCCUAUGAAGACAGAGUUGUAACUGUGAGGAAUGUGGGAUCUGACGAGGAAUCAUUAACUACUACAAGUACACAAACAGUGAUUAAAACGAUUACUUUUGACCAAGAACAAGCUAGUGCUGUAGCUAGCUGCACACACGAAGAGAACGCUUCCGCAAACAUUGAGGAUUCCACAGAUAUCAAUGUCAAUGAACAGGCUCUGUUGCAAGAGGAUUUCGAUAUGUGGAGUGAAACUAUAUUACAAAAAACACAAGAUGUAAUCCGCCUAUUUGAAAAGGAUGUUUCUAAAUACAUCAAUAGUAAAUUGGGCGAGGAGACGAAACAUUUUAAGCUCAAGUUCAAAUCUUUGGACGAUGAAUCCAAGAAACUUUUCUCUAAAAUUUCGUUAGCUAUUAACGAUAUCGAUUGUGUGGAAGGCAUUGACAGUGAGACUGGCAGGAUAAUUUUCUUCGAUAAAUCUGGCAGUACUGAGAUUUCUCAAUAUAUAACUCGAGAGUUGGUCCGUGAGUAUUUCAAUGAAACGCGUUCGACGUUAGAUGAACAGACUCACACCAUGGAAGAAAAUUUGAGCCAAAUAACCGAAGAAAUUGAAAAGAGAGUCAAUGCAAUUCGAGAAGAAAACGUCGAAGUUUUUGAAGAGUGGGGAGAUAUUAUCGUAAAUGAAUGGUCCAAGAGAAUGGCUUAUGUUGACGUUAUCAAUGCUCACAUGGGCGCGGAUGAUGAUACUACUCUCGAUGAAGAGGAAAAAAGGUCUUCUGUUAACUGGAGAAAGUUUUUAAUGGGCAAGAAACAGAUAGUGGAAUCUAGGGAAAAAUUGGCUCAUCAUUCUGCUGACUUAUCCCGUGUUAAAGACUUUAGACAAAAAGUGCAAAGAAAAAUCUUAUCGUUUACCCAAGAAAGCGGUGAAUUUCUAUAUAUUUUAAGGUCAAAAGCCAAUCUGCAAUUCCAAGAACGUGAAAGAAAGGAGCGUGAAAGAAAGGAACGUGAAAAAGUUGCUGCACAAGAGUUUCAAAGGGAACAAGAACUAUUACAACAGCAAGAAGAAGAAGAAGAAGGAGAAGAAGAAGAUAUGUCCUACACAUCUACAUCUACUAUCACCACAACCACCACAGUGACGUUGUAA